CUACCUCCUCCUCCUCCCCGCCUCCUCUUCCCCUGAAGCAGCCAGCUGAGCCACGAAAGAAGCUCAUCGCGUCUCCAUGCAUCUCCUCCGGCCGAGAUGGAGGCGACAGCUACGGAGGAUGCUGAAGCUGUUCGGUGCCCUGGUUGUCCUCGGUCUGGUCCUGGCCCUUUUCAACUCCUGGCUGCUGGACACCUAUAACACGGCUUGGCAUCCGAAGCGAAGUGUUCAGCGCCUCAGUGCCGCUGGUGGAGGCGGAUCGAAGGGGAACACUCCGCCGUUUCCCGGCGACCAGAUGGACAAUUUAUUCUGGUUUAUCCAGGUGACUGACCUCCACAUUAGUCGAUUUCAUGACCCAAGACGGGUUCCAGAUUUUGAGAAGUUCUGCACUAACACCAUUGAAGUGAUCAGACCAGUUCUAGUGCUUGCAACAGGAGAUCUUACAGAUGCCAAAACGGAGAACAAGGUGGGUUCUCUCCAGUACGAGGUGGAGUGGCAGGCCUACUACAAUGUCUUGAAGAGGUCACGUGUGAUGGAGCGAACUAAGUGGAUUGACAUCCGUGGAAAUCAUGAUGCAUUCAACAUAAUUUCACUGGAUAGUGUCAACAAUUAUUUCCGGAAGUAUUCUGCCCAUCAGAAAAUAGGCUCUUUUCACUAUGUUCACAAAACUCCCUUUGGCAACUACUCCUUCAUUUGUGCAGAUGCCACUCUGACACCUGGACCCAAGAGGCCCUACAAUUUCUUUGGAAUUUUGAAUCAGACUGAAAUGGACUUGUUGGCCAGAUUUAGAGCUGAAAGUCUGACCAGCAACCACUCGAUUUGGUUUGGCCACUACACCACUUCCACUGUCGUCUCGCCCCCUCCAGGAAUUCGGCAGCUAAUAAGCCCUGCAGUUGUGUAUUUAUGUGGACACUUACACACACUGGGUGGUCUGAUGCCCAUCCUCCACAGCCGACAUCCCCGAGGCACCCUGGAGCUGGAGCUGGGUGACUGGAUGGAGAACCGUAGGUACAGAGUUCUGGCCAUUGAUCACGACCUCUUGAGUUUUUCUGACCUGAGGCUCGAGCAGUGGCCUGCAGUGCUCAUCACCAACCCCAAGGAUGCACUGUACCUGCACCCCGGAGUGGAACCUCUGGGUCGAAUACGAAGAUCAACACACAUUAGGAUCUUGGCUUUCUCAGAGGGCCCAAUCACAGUGGUGCACGUGAGCAUAGAUGGGGAACUUUUGGGGAACGGUCGUCCUGCUGGUGGCCCGCUUUUUGUGCUGCUGUGGGACCCAUCACUCUACCUCACUGGACUGCACACAAUCAGAGUUAAAGUGGAGGACUCGACAGGCCGGUCAACUGUACGCGAGCAGCACUUUACUCUGGAGGAAACUGCCACUCCCAGCUUUGGUUUUGUGCAGUCCUUCAUCCUCCUGACAGACCACUACGUGCUGGCCCGACUGGCCUUUAUAUGUCUGAUCCUGCUGAAUGUUGGCAUGCUGCUGGCCUUCAGAUUUUUGAGCAUUCCCUCCAGCAGAGGAUUGGUCUCCCAAGCAUGUCAGUCACUUCACCGCGUCAGUAAAGUAGACAUGUUCUACUACUCUCUGCUGAUGUUCAACCUGUACACAGCCUUAGGGCCCUGGUUCAUUGGGGAGCUGAUCGAUGGCCAUAUCGGUGCCUGUUUUGCCUUUGGAGUCCUCAUCGAUGGACAUUUAUUGGAGGGGAGCCUCACUUAUGCGGUGGGAGUCAUUCAGAUGGUGUUCUUCAACAUGCCCCUAACCUGUUACCUCUGCUGGAGCUUUCACCAUCGUUGCUGUGGCAACACCUUCCGCUCCCACUUCGUGCGGUCGAGCUGCCGCUGGUGGACUCUGUUGAUUCACCUCCUCAUGCUGAUGCUGCUCUUCUGGCAGGCCCACUCCUGCUACUUUCUCCUGGAGACCUACGGCUGCGUGUCCUUUCUCCUGUCUCCUGUUCGCACAUGGGCACUGGGGCUCAGCCUGCUAUUGGCUUACCACGCCUGGACAGGCCCCGCCUACUUCGUACAUGACAACGGCAAGAACACCUCUUGACAGUAACUGAAUGGCGCCACCACCAGGUUCUUUGUGACUGAUAGAUUUUGCCGUCUUUAUCUCCCCUCACAGCAGCCUCUCUCCUCUUCUCCAAGCGCAUUCCACUCGCUGUACGGCUUCAACAUAGUAUGGUUUAAUAUGCAUGUUAUUGGUGAGCACAUCUGUUCGUGCUGGUAGCAACAUGUACAGUGUAAGUGGGCACAGUGACGGUUGUAUCGACCAU